GUGUGUUUGCGUGUAUGUGUGUGUUUCAUUUCGGGCUCUGAAGUUCCCCACACCACGGAUUAACCCAAGCCUUCCAGCGUGCUCUUUUUUUUCCCCACCAUCACAGCCGGAGAUCUUUGUGUAUAUUUUCUAUUUUUGCUUUUUUUUUGCACGCGUACAGCUCCGUGUGCGUCCGCUCGUGUGUGUGUCCGCGCGCGCGUGUGUGUGUGUGUGUGUGUGUGUGUGUGUGUGUAAUCGGGGCGGCCGAUGCCCAGUAGUGCCUGUGGACGUGCCGCAGGACAAGAGGACCAGGAGCGAGGAUCACGCUAAGCGAAGCGCUCAGGAUGCCGCGCUCUUUUCUGGUGAAGAAGAUCAAGCUGGAUGAUUUCUCCAGCUCCUCCCAGCACCACCACCAGCCUCUGGAGGAGUCGCUCACCUUCGCACGCUCCAUCGGAGACUCCGUCUCCAGCCUGGGAGUCCGCCUCAGCCACAACGGCUACAUCCAGGACUACAUCAUGCCGUCGGUGUACCAGGCGGAGAAGAAGAUGGAGCUGAAGCUGGCGUCGCCCGUGUCGGAGCCCCUGUACCCCCCGUCCAGCGGGGGCGGCGUGGAGGAGUACUGCGACCCCGACCUGGAGCGCCCCGACAGCCCGCAGUCGGGCCAGACGGACAGCGGCUUCUACAGCGGCGAGGCCGAGGCCGAGAACGAGGCCCUCAGCGAGGGCUACACCAUGGACGCCUUCUUCAUCUCCGACGGCCGCUCCCGCCGCCGGGGGUCAGAGGGCACGGCGGGGUCACGGGGGUCAGGGUCGGCGGCGGCGGCGGCGGAGACGUCCGAGGACGCCGAGGCGGCUAAAGAGAAGGGCGACGGAACGCCGGGCGCGCGCCACACCUGCAACGAGUGCGGCAAGACGUACGCCACCUCGUCCAACCUGAGCCGGCACAAGCAGACGCACCGCAGCCUGGACAGCAAGAUGGCGCGCAAGUGCCCCACCUGCAACAAGGUGUACGUGUCCAUGCCCGCGCUCGCCAUGCACGUGCUGACCCACGACCUCAAGCACAAGUGCCACGUGUGCAGCAAGGCCUUCAGCCGGCCCUGGCUGCUGCAGGGCCACAUGCGCUCGCACACCGGCGAGAAGCCCUUCGCCUGCGCCCACUGCGGCAAGGCCUUCGCCGACCGCUCCAACCUGCGCGCGCACAUGCAGACCCACUCGGCCUUCAAGCACUACCGCUGCAAGCGCUGCAAUAAGACCUUCGCCCUCAAGUCCUACCUGAACAAGCACUACGAGUCCGCCUGCUUCAAGGGCUCCGGCGACGAGGACGAGUCCGGCUCCGAGGACAACUGAGGAAGGAGCGCCGCCGCGGGGGGGGACCGCCGGAGGGACAGAAGAAACCACGGGGACGCA